AUGAACCUCGCGAACCUCAUGAACCUCACGACCCUCGCGAACCUCAUGAACCUCACGACCCUCAUGAACCUCACGACCCUCACGACCUCACGACCCUCACGACCUCACGACCCUCAUGAACCUCACGACCCUCGCGAACCUCAUGAACCUCACGACCCUCAUGAACCUCACGACCCUCAUGAACGUCACGACCCUCAUGAACCUCACGACCCUCAUGAACGUCACGACCCUCAUGAACCUCACGACCCUCAUGAGCCUCACGACCUCACGACCCUCAUGAACCUCACGACCCUCGCGAACCUCAUGAACCUCACGACCCUCAUGAACCUCACGACCCUCGCGAACCUCAUGAACUUCACGACCCUCAUGAACCUCACGACCCUCACGACCUCACGACCCUCACGAACCUCACGACCCUCAUGA